CUCGAACGCAAAAACCCACGAGCGCAGCGCUCCGGAAAGUUGCGUGCGGCCAGCCGGCGAAGGCUCUGUUUACAUUCGAUUCAAAUAGUUUCGUGUUUCCGAAAAAGCGUGAUUCCUUAUCGUGACCGCCCGUCGCUGGUGCCUCGUGCUCGUCGAAACAUGUAGUUCCUAGCUAACCCGGUGCACUGUGCGCGCUGCAAGCCGGCGGCGGCGAAAGAAAUAAACUCCCACAAGGAUGAAUCCUCCUGACUGUUGAAGGCUCGAAAAAUGGAGAUCUGCUGGGAUGGCUCAAAUAAUUCACACAAAAAACGCAACCUCCCAGUCGAACGCUGGCCGGACCCUGCCAACGGCGACGGUAGCGUCGGCGCCCGCGUCGGCCUGCGGCAACGGCGGCGUUGUGACGGCGACGACCGUGUGCGGCGUCAGCCAGCCCGUGCUGGUCAAGACGUCCGGAACCAUGGCGGCCACCAGGGCCUUCUUCUGUCCCGCGCCGGCGGCGCUGGCCGGCACCGGCGCUGCGGGGCUCGCGUCGCCGACCGCAACCAUCGUCAAGGCCGAGCCGGUCUCCUCCGCGGCCACCAUGGUUGCCAGGGCGGUGGGCGGACAUCACGCCAUCGGCAACAACAAAGAUGCGGAUGAGAGCCGUCCCGCGCUUCCCGAGAGCCUGGAGACCAUCCCUAAGGCGGAUUAUCUCCCGACGCAGCGACAUCGCUGGAAUACAAAUGAGGAAAUCGCCGCUAUCCUUAUCAGCUUCGACAGGCACGAGGAGUGGUUAUCCCGGGAGGUGAAGAUAAGGCCCAAGAGCGGGUCGAUGCUGCUGUACAGCCGCAAGCGGGUCCGGUACCGGCGUGAUGGCUACUGCUGGAAGAAGCGCAAGGACGGCAAGACCACCCGGGAGGACCACAUGAAGCUCAAGGUCCAGGGAACGGAGUGCAUCUACGGGUGCUAUGUUCACUCUGCGAUUCUGCCAACCUUUCACCGCCGCUGCUACUGGCUCCUUCAGAACCCAGACAUCGUGCUGGUACACUACUUGAACGUGCCGUACAGCGACGACAACAAGAUGGUGAUCGCGCCCACGCUGAGCUACUGCGCGGAUAAGAAGGAGUGGACCAAAGACGAGCUCGUCUCGCAACUCAAGCCCAUGUUUUACAGCGAAAACGAGCCGGACCUCAACAAUGAGCUAGAGGUGUCGACGGCCGAGACGGUGGAGGCCAUUGUGCAGCAGCUCAUGGAGAAGCAGCGGGCUAAAGGCAGCGCCGGUAGCGGCGGAAACGCGGGCGGCGGCGGAAGCGGUGCACGCACGCACGAAUGCCCCUGCGACUCGACGACAAAGACGUCGCUGUCGCCCGCCUCGACGCCCACGCCGCCGCCGGCGCCCACCUCCGCGCCGCAGACCUUCUCGGCCGCCUCGUCGUCGACGCCAUCGCCUGCCGCCGCUGGCACGACGGCAACCGCCGACGUCGUCGUCGGGGGUGGCGGCGCUAGCAGCGGCAACGCGUCCAAGAAGUGCGGCCACAGCCUGCACCGCAUCAUCUCUCCGAAGACGCGCUGUGCCGCGGCCACAUCGUCGACGCCCACGCCCGUGCCGCAGCCGCCCCAUUCGUCCUCGUCAGUGGUGACGGCCGCCGGCGGCCCCCUGGUGACGUUGGGCCACAAGGAGGGCCGCGCCGCCGCCGCGGCAGCCGCUGCAUCCGGCGGCGCCGCGAGCGGCGGCAGCGUCAUCCUUGCGGCGCCCGUGCGGGAGGCCGGCGCCGCGGGAGCGCCCGCCGCAGCCGCCACCACGACCACCUCCUUCAUCCUCAACCUGUCGCAGCUGCAGGGAGGCGGCGGCUUGCUCAUCCUCAACAGCGCGGCCGCGGCCACGGGCUUGACGUCCGCUUCCGUGACGCCCGUCACGCUCCUGUGCAACGCCGGGGGCACCGCGGCGGCUGCCGCUGCGGCAGCCGCCGCCGCCGCGGCUUCCUCCUCCACGGAAGGCAGCGGCGGCGCGGCGGUCAGUAGCGCUGCCGUCUGCAAGGAGCCUGUCGCCGAAGCGCCGUCGUCUACCGGCGGAGCGGCAUCCAGCGCAGCGGCUUCGUCGACAACCCCAUGUUCGGUCUCUUCUUCGAGCAGCAGCAGCUCCGAAGCGGCGGCUGCGAUCACCACGACGCGCACCGAAGUGAAGGUGGAAGAACCCACCACGGCGUGCCGCGUUCUCGGCGAAGAAAUGGAAUUCGGCGGGGACAGGGACCCGGAGCUGUGCAGCAGCAGUCUCAUGGGCGAGGACUCGAAGGAGCCUGCGGCGUCGGCCACCGAGGGCCGCGGGCUGUUCGACGACUCCCUCGACCUGAGCCACGAUGGCAUCCAGAAGACGUUGACCGCCAACCUGGCCGCCUCCUCGCACAAUAGGAGGCCCUCGUCGGACUCGUCGUCGGGUGGCGGGGUGCUCGUGAAGAGUGAGAACGGGCCCACCGACGCGGACACUGUCGACCUGAAUCCUAUGGACUUCAUCGACAACGACAUCUCCACCCCCGACGAAGAGGUGUUCAACCUGGAUACCUUUGACAUGCUGACUGACCUACCAAACUGGGACGACUUCAACUCCGACCUGGCAGCGACCACAACGACCACUCCGUCAUCUGUCGGCACAGGAAGCACCUUAUCGUCUUCCUCUUCUGGAUUGGGAAGCGGUGGAACCCUGUCGCUAACAAACAAGACGCCCAGCACACAAUCGUCGCACUCGGGCAUGACCUACCGAGAAGGCACUGCCAACAUCACCGACUACUCGCCUGACUGGUCCUACACAGAAGGUGGUGUAAAGGUCCUGAUCACAGGGCCAUGGUACUCGUCAUCAUCGCCAUAUAUGAUUCUGUUUGAUGGAGUCAGUGUACCAACAACACUUGUUCAAAGCGGCGUCCUACGAUGCUUCUGUCCGGCCCAUGAAGCCGGAUUAGUAACACUCCAGGUAGCCUGUGAAGGCUUUGUCAUAUCCAAUUCAGUCAUCUUUGAGUACCGUGAGCAGCCUCUCGUCAGCACUCAAAAGGCCAAAGAUUGGUUUGGUGUAGACGAGGGCACUCUCAAAUUCUCAUUGCUGGAGCGGCUGGAAAUGGUCGAAGCCAGGCUCUCCUUGGGAAACAAAGGUGGCACUCUCUUCCCUGGCGUUUUGGCUCAGGGCUUCGCGGACCGGCAGCGUCCGUUUGAAGAGCGGCUCGUGUCGCUGUGCCAGGAGCUGCGCUGGGGCGCGUGGCUGCCGCGUGGCGGUGGCGAUUCGUCGCCCGUGCGCGCCCUGACGCGACCCGACCUCAGUCUGCUGCACCUGGCCGCGGCGCUGGGCUUCUCGCGGCUGGCGCGUUGCCUGUUGCGCUGGCGCCUACAGAGCCCCUCGCCCACGCUCGACGCCGAGGUGGACGCGCUCGCCAGAGACGCCGCCCAGUGCACACCGCUGCACUGGGCAUGUGCUCGAGGUCAACGAGAGGUGGCCUUGCUGUUGCUUCAGUGGAAUCUCUCAGCUGCCACUGCCUGCAAUGCUGAUGGCCAGACGGCCACCACACUGGCUCGUGACAGUGGGCAUGCCAGCCUCGCUGAAGAGCUGGAGCAAGCAGCGACCAAACAGCAGCACUCGCAGGAUUCCACCAGCAGUGCUCACUGCCAGCUGCUGCAGCAGCAGCAUGUGCGAAGCUCAAAGGGUUCUUCGACAUCCACGCACAGUCGGCUGACAAAGCGGGCGUCAGCCGAUGGCAACAUGAGUGGCGGCUCAUCCACCGAAGCGGAAUCUUCCAAGCGCUCCUCCAUAGACAGUGGCAUGUGCGAGGGCUCCUCGUCCCUCCCUUCAUCAACGCUUCUCUCCUCGAGGCUCGUCUCUAAGCUGGAUCUUGGCAAUGUUGUUCUCGAACCAGAUAGUGCGAAUAUGCACAAGGAAGCAGUGAGAGUCCAUUUAUUGAUGUUGUUGGGGUCUCAGGAUGAGGAAAUAGAGAUGCAGAACCCUGUCCGAUCUUCAGGGACGAGCCCGUUGGGUAGGAGACGAGAAAGCCACAGCAGCAUGGGCUGUGACCUGGGCACUUCAUCGUCGGCCGCAGCGGAUGCCACAGCUCACGUGCCAGGAGACAGCCGCGUCCUCACGCUCGCCGAGCAGAUAAUUGCAGCGCUGCCAGAGCGCAUAAAGGCAGCACCGCGUACGCUCGAUGACGACGAGGAUGACUCGAUGGAGGCUGAGGGACUGUUUCUGCUGCUGUCAUCUCCGGACACAGCCGGCGGACCCCACAGUCCCGGCCUGGCGGCAACCAUGUGCCCCGUCGAUGAUCCGCCACCGCCACUUCUCAGCGAUGACUUCAAUUUCGAGUUUAGCGACUACAACUACAGGUACUGCGAAGCAGGAACUCCAUCGUCAUCCUUGAGCCCAGCUUCAUCAUCAUGCCUGCAGAGUCCCGGAAGUUUCACGUUAGAAUCGCCUUCACCUCCUCCAACCACUGCUGAUUUCUGCGAGUUCUUCAAGGCUUCUGGGAAGAUCAUGGAGAGAGAUUUCUCCAAUCUCACCCUUUCAGACAAGGAGCAACGGGAACUGUACGAAGCAGCCAAGAUCAUCCAGAAGGCAUACCGUUCCUACAAGGGCCGCAAGCGUCAAGAAGAGCAAGAGAAAGAAAGGGCAGCCGCUGUGCUCAUCCAGAGCUAUUAUAGGAGGUACAAGCAGUACAUGUACUACAAGCAGAUGACCAAGGCAGCGGUCGAGAGCUUCCACGGUUGGUGUGAGCAGCACAAGAGGUUCAAGAAGAGCCCCGAAGGAGAGACGGCCACUGGCAGUCCUGGACAAGGCUUUUUCCACAGGGGCUACUCGGACGACCGGCGGCCAUCGUCCCUCUCUAGCCGGGAGGGAACUCCCACCGCCUCGGCUUUCAGGCGAACGUAUUCCCAGCGGCGUCAGCACCAGGCCGCUAGGAAGAUUCAGCAGUUCAUGAGACAGUCGAAAAACAACAGCAUGUGGGAGUUUUUACAUGGGAAAGUGAUUGCAGAGAGAGCGUGCCUUAGCUGCCGAAAGAGAGAGGCCAGCAGUGGUCGUUCCAGCGCCGCCACGGCUGCCCACAAAAUCCCAGGAACUGCCUUCUAGCUUCAAGGAGGCUUGAAAGCAGUGUGAGCUCAAGCGACAAAUGCAUGACGGAGAAGGAAACGUCUGGAGUAGACAAGACGUAGAAUGCAGCAGCAGCAGCAACUACGCUGACGCAAGAAUUUUGGUUUCCACGCAGCGCUUGGAAGCCGCAGCUUCGAUUACUUUCUGCAUACAUAUGUAUAAUGCAGUCCCUGCCACUUGGGUUAUUGCGAAUGCGUACUUUUAUGUCCUUCACGUUUUUCGCUGUUGCCAGAAUAUGCGUUGGUACAAGGUUGUUGCUUUUCUCACCCGGUGAUACGCACUCCGUACUACAGAGUGCGCUUAUUAAAAAUUAUUUUGUGGUUUGCAGAAGCAUCGCGUGUCGCGAUCGCUAAUCGAGCACAUUUCUUGGCACUGUGACCUCACAAUAGAGGAAACCUUUCAUGAUCUAGGAAAUUGAUUUCUCUCAUAUACCAAAACUGUUGCUGCGUUUUUCUUUGCUUAUCUUGAGACUUUUUUUCUCAUAAAUAAUUCUCUCUCUCACUUUUCUGUUUUAACGCAUAAAUUUUCACGAACCUUGUUUCACGCAUUACUUCCCCUACUUGUAGCUUUCUUCUGUGUUCGUCACUUACACAUACAUACAUACAUAAAAAAAAACGCAGUAUGGUACAAAUGUUUGUAAAACCAUAAAAGCCUCCUUCCUCCAUUAGACAAAAUCUUUUUCUCUGCCAAGCCUUUCAUCUUCACGAUACAUGGACACACAAAACAUCUUAAAAAAUAACAUGAAGAAAGAGAGGAGGUACGGAGAAGAGCAUUGUUUGUAAUGACUGUUCGUGUUUUUUCAUCAGUAAUUUAUCUUCAUUGUGACUUUUUAAAUGUUGUCUGUAUAAAAAAAAAGAACACGAAAGCUCAGUGUUGCCUUCUCGACACAGGUUCUUUAUUUUUAUGUUUUCUGCGAAACUGUCAAUCACUCCAUAUUUUGCACUUACCAGUAUAUGAUAACUGCUGUGUAAACAUAGGACAGGACGCGAGUUCUGCAGUGGGUGUUCCUGGGUUUCUUCGUUGUUGCUGUGUCAUCUCACUGAUAUAUAUUUAUAUAUACACACAUAUUCCUGUUGCCAGAAACGCUUGCUUGACAAUAUGUUAAUAACCAUUUCAGCUGCUGCAUGGAAGAAUUAUUUUUGUCCGCCACAAAAUGUGCAGUGUUGUGCGUGCAGAAACACCCUGCCUGCAAGCUCCCAAAGAAAAUACAAACAAAGGAGAGACGAAGUGGGGACAACGUUAAGUCUCGAGAGGUCAAGUCCCGGUACAAACAACGUCUUGGCACGGAUCGGUCAAGAUGUCGGCUGUCAUUACUCAAGGCAGGAGAUAGACAUGAGGCCGGAGGGAAUGCCUGUAGAGACAGGUUACAUACGCAGCACAACAACUGCUGAUAUCUCAUACGCUUUUAAUUAGAAAGUUAUCGGGAAACACACUCACUGGCAUCCUGGUUAUCGAAGAAAAUAAACAUAUUGAGUAUUACGUGCAUAGGAGUAGCCAAUGCUGCACUUUCUUUCUCACAUUGAAACGCAAAGAAAACUUCGCAGAUUUGUUUACAUGCGCGGAGCACUUAAGUGAGUGGUCCUUUGCCAGCUUCAUGUGCAUGGUAUUUCCCGUACUCCAAUUCAUCCCCAAGUCUUCGUGCAAGAAGAAAAAAUUUGCGACUUUCGAAAGGUUAUAAAAUUCAUCCGCUUAGUCAGUGGCUUUACAAAAGUGACAAAAAGCUGCAGAAACUUUCAGUGAACGGUCAGUGUCAAAAGUUUGCAGGGCAUGGGUUCCAACGAAUAAGCUUAAUAUCACAGCAGUUGGUGCCCCACGAAGAGUAAAAGCACACGCUGUAUCGUUCGCAAAUACCACUACGGGCUAGAAUUCUAGAAAACCAGGCCAUGAAAAUGUUUUCAUUACAGAUUAGGAAAUCUGUAAACUUUUGACACUGACUGCACGUGUGUGCUUCAGCAUGUUGGUAGACCGGAGCACCUGCAUCUCGCGAUAUUGACGCAUGCGAGGGAGUGUUAUGGAAAACAUCUCUGUUGCUGACUGUUUUUGCUCGUGCCGUGCAUUGGUGUAACGCUCCCGCCAGCGCCUUGUCUGUUCUUUCCUGUUGUCAUAUGUCCGUGCCAUAGGUACAAACUAUGUAGUAAGGUGAAAAGAAGGUUGUAAGUGGAUUGUUGCUUCUUUGAAGGGGUGCUGUGCUGUUAGUGGGCACUAAAGAUGCUUUUGAUUUACAGACAGGCCAGCCAGUCUAUUUGCCAGGCACACACUUAUCAAAGGCAUGUUACAUGUGUGCAGCUCCCAUGUUGCUAUGUAUGCUUGGGAAAAAAAAAGCUGCUGCGGAUAUUAGUCCUUCAGGUUACAAGCGCUGCUUCAUUUGAUGCGCCAUCCAAAAUUAUGGGUGUGUGGGGGCAUUUUGCCUGACCUUUAUCAUCAUGCUUAGCAACUCCUGCAGUGAGGGUUUGUACAGCCAGUUCUGGACUUCAAAGUGAACCAUGGUGAAGCAUAGAAUUGCACGAGCUCUCACUGAAAAAAAUAUCGAUUGCACUUCAAAGUCAAGUGAAAAUGUCCAAAAGCGUCUUAGGAUUGCAAGAUUACGGUAAACAACCUAAGAACCUGCUCACUUGUUAGAUUAAACUGAGACAACUGAAAACUGAGAUUAGACUGAUGUCUAGAGCAGAAGAAUUCCUUUCUAUCCCCUUGUUUGGUCGCUGCACAUCCAUUGACUUCAAAGGCAAACCAUAUUGUAGCUUAUAUUACAUUUGUUAUUGAAAAGACGACAGCUGGAAUUUGUGCGCCUAUACGUAGGCAGCUUUGCGAGUUUCCGAGAAGCGUUCAGCCUCGCCAACUCGGCGUGCACGGUAUCCCUUUGUGAUUGAGAGUUAGUGACGUGCUAGCGUGUCUGCAUCGGACAGCGCACGGUUUGGGAAUACAGCUUCGUCUCAUUUAAGCGUUCCAUUCAAACACAAAGCUCAAAUCCAGUAUUGUGACGAAAAUUGCAAAGAGCAGACGAAAGAGACAAAACAGAGUUGCUGAGCUGCCCUCCACUCCCAAGGUCAAAAUUGGUGCACCAACUGGGGUCAAGUUUGCGAGAGUAAAGAGAAAAAAAAACGUAUGUGCAUGUCACUGAUAAGCACUGUGGAAUGUUAAGUUUUUGCUUAAUUGUUUUUCGGAGCACUCGUGGCACUUUCGAAAGACUGCAAACUGUGUGCCGCCGCUUCUUCUGAGAGAGAGCUAACACGUCAUUAUUUCGGUCUGUUACGAAUACGCCGCAUCACAGCUUCGCACCUGUGCUUACCUGAUGGCUAACAAUUAAUGGGGUCACAGCUCAUGCUGCCAUAUUUCAAGCGUUUUAAGUUCACGUGCUGGACAUUGUUGGUAAGCGGUAGCAUUUUCAGACCCUCCUGCAUACUUGUGUAAAGAACGACUUCGGGGAAAAAGUUGCACUUUGGUAUGCCCAGUGUUCCCCCUUUGCCAAAUCUACAACAGCAAACAUUGCUAGUAUUUUGUGAAGCAUUGCAGGGCAUAUUAUUCAGGCAAAGGUGACGAUGUUCUGGGAGCUUGGUUGAACGAAGUUCUUGAAGCUUUUGUAUUACUUGUCAAAUAUACGUAGCCUAACUUAUAUUACAUACCCUUCCCGAGGUACAUGGAUUUUAAACGCGCCGAUAUAUCUGGGCACUUCCGGGAUUAGUACUGUCCUUCUAGACAACUAGUGCUUACACAACCAAGAGGAGCGGCCUUUCGUUUUCUAUAUAUAGUACAUGAAACUCGGCAACUAGGGUCGCAUGUGUAGUUAGAGUAGCGUUAAGUUACGUAUUAGCAACCAAGCAUCUCGGAGCACCUGGUUAGCUAUCUAAUCCAAGGGACCUGCUAGAUCCAUAGAAGAGUUGGGCCUGAUUUCCGACUCGCACAAAUCCAAACUAUCAAGAAGCAGUGUGAAGCAGCACAGGGAUUAUUUGAAAUAAAAAAGAAGCCAGAGGAGGAAUGGGCCAGAAAGGAAGGAUCUCUCGAAGCGUUAAAUGGGGCGACGAGGAAGGAGGCAUUACCCACGUGCGUAUGUCAGUGAUUCUUGUUGACUGUCUUCGACGAAACUGUCCACAUCCCAGAGGCUGCUCGUUGCAUAUAACCCACGGCCCCCCCUGCAUCUGUGUGCGUACCUGUGUUGAUAUUCUGGUCAUUUCUCGAUGCAGUCACGCGACAAUGGCGCGCGACCGCAUGCAGAGUUGGUGGCAUGUACAUACACUACGUGUAGUCACACUGUAUACCCAGAAAUGCAGUCCCAAUGUACUGAGGAGAGGUUACAGAAAAAAAAAACAUACAAGACACGGUAGUGUGCUGACUUUUUCUUAAAAAAAAAAGCUUUCACUUGUAAGCGCUACCUAACUAUAACUACUCUCUAGUUUCUUCUCUCACCGUCUCUACUUCAAGUGAAGUAUACCAGUACAAAUACCACCCCCAAGUCCAAGUGUGAUGGGCGUUAGUGAGCGCCAUUAGAUGUGGAGGUACCCAGAAAUGUUGUUGCUGUCACUCUUGCUUUUGCAGAGGGGGAGAGAGAAAUGCUUUGGUCUCUACGCAAGCGUGACCUGCCAUCCGCAUCACAGCACAGGCUUUAAAACAUUUGUAUCUGACAUGACCUCAACUUUGAUUGGUUUGACUUUGAAUGACGCAAGGCAUACAAGUUCGUGUUGUGCAACGCACUGACAUAUUUCCACACCCGAAUCAAAGACAACAGUUCUUGUUGCCUGUUCAGUCAUUCAAGGACCAAACUUGCUUAGCAUAUAUUACCGAGUGAUGUUUAGUUUGUGUCUUGAGAUCCACAAUAUUGUCACGUAACAUAUGAAUGAUUAUACAUGUGACCACAUUUUGUUUUUUUUUUUUUCCUUUUGGCAAAAGAGAGAGCAUGCGAUAUGUGCAUUUUCACAUGACAUAGACUUCUGUAUCGCCUGUAUACAGGUUGUCUUCUAUACAUUGGCAGCACAGUAUCGGUGAGGGGUUAAUAAUAUCUUGACACAAUGACUGAUGUAAUUUGACAAACUGCAGAACAGAGAUGUGUCCAGCUCAAACUGCAGCCAUGAACCACAUGUACUAACGCCUUUCAUAACUGUUUGAAUUUGCACAUGAAAAUUGUUGCAAAUCGCCAACGAAACAUCAAUAGCUCAUAAAUAUCUUUUUAUUAACGACAGACUGCUGUAACCUUUCAUAACUUUCGUUGGCAGCCUGAAAUUUAAGUGCCAGGACAAGCCAUGUUCCUUAAUUCCUAUGCAGUUUGCAGCAGUUUAGGCAUGAACGCUGCCAAUCUCAAAAGCAUUUGCCUCUUAGUAUAUUAUGUGCACGUGUGUAGUUUUCUUUUGCUAUUUAUCUGUGCACUGCAUAUUAACAAGCAUCUUUGUAGGUACUUCGUAAGCAACAUGAUCAGUACAAUGUGCAAGCCUGUUGCGACUAGUCUUUGAAAUCUCAUAACGAAUCUCAUCAUAAAGACAUGCACGCCAUUUCAGCGCAGAGACACUAGAAGACACGAGGAUUUCGGAGGCAGAUGCGUUGACGCUCACAGGCCAGUACGAACUCGCCUAUGCUUCGCAAGCAACAGAAAAAAACUUAAAAACGAGGCCCGAUAACGUGGAAAGCCCAUAUAGCCAGGAAAGUGUGCUGUGGAGAGAAGCAAACCAGUAUAGAUAACACUUCUCUCUCUCUCUCGCCAUCUUUCUGUCACUCUCUCUAGUACCACACCUAUAUACACGCAUAUAUAAAUAUAUAUAUAACUAUAUUUGUGCUCAGAAACCUUCAUCGCGAGAUGUGAAUAAUCGUGAUAGCACAAGGUGUCGCUGUUUCUCGGUUGUCUCGUUAUAAUUCUUUUUUUCUCAGUGCUGUUCGUUUGUGCGAAAGCUGGGUUGCCCAGCGCCAAUACAGAGCCGUCAGUGCAGACUCGAAUGUCGCCGCGGCCGUUACCUGAUGCCCCCAGAAGGGAAAAAAAAUUCGAAGAUUUCUUAUUUUUCAUGUCGAAACCAUUUUUCUACUGUUGCCCCUGUGUCCCUUUCCCCUGGCCUCCUUUCCUCGAUACAUUUGUGGUGUCCAUAGCUGUUUUGUAAUUUCUACCUAGGAGUCACUUGUAGAGUUUGUUAAGAGCCUCGUGUUAACGAUUUUUUACAUAUAUAUAAUAUAUAAAUAUAUAUAUAAUAUAUAUAUUUACUGCCAGUUCCUUGGUAUUUUUGACGACUGAAUAUUUUUGCAAAAGUUGCAAUUUUUUGUUUCUUUUUCUUGUUUUUCGGUUCAUGUUCACCAGUCUAGCCGAGACAUCUUGGUAGCGAGUGAAGAAAAGCUGCACGGUUGAUCGCCGUCGAAAGAGAAGUUAUGUGGUCAGGGCGUUGAGAAGAGAGUAGAGUUGAGAAGACAUGUUAAACGUCUGUUGAGAGCAUGAACGUGCUGGCUCGGAGGCAGAGCUAGUAAAGUCAUUGUAAGUUCUGUGAACGUUUUUUUCCCCCAUCCCACCACCCCUCCGUUUCUUUUAAACUGCGGGGCAGAGGAAAGUGUGAUAGUUGAGAAAGAUGCUUUCAUCGAGCCAUACCAUGUGGGUAUAGACACUCUUCGAGCUGCUGUUCUCGUUUCCUGUAUCGCAAUGUGUUUUUUUUUCUCUUGAUCUCAUCUGUUACCCCAGCGCCAUGUUAUCACUAAUUUCUCAUGCGUGUUUCGCUGUGUAAAAACCACAAAAACAAAUAAAAACUAUUCUUCCUUUCA